AUGUUGCGCGUCGCUUGUUUCUUGGCCGUGGCUGGCACAGUCUCCGCUCAGCUGUCCUUCGACAAGAUGAAAUGCGGCCAGCUUACCUGCCAAUUCAAUGAAUACUGCUCCCCAGAAACGAAUAGAUGUGCCCCAUGCAGUACGGUCUGUAACAAAACCCACCACAACUACGACUUCGCUGUCUGCGCCAAAGAUUGUCAAGGAUAUCUCCUUGACGAGAGAUAUCUUCUGAAGACGGAGUAUGAAGUACCAACGUACGACUUUGGCAGUGCACAGCGACAAUCACAAGCGGCUCUCAUUGUAAGCGGAGUGGCUCUGGCGGUUUUGGUCCUCAUUUUGAUCAUCCUGUGCCGUGGAAGGGUAUCCUGGAGGUCAAUCAAGCAGAAGUUUCAACCGGCUAAGAAUCGGGUGAAGAAUUACCCCACGGACUUCACUCAUCACAAUCCGCACGCUGAACUGUCGAAGCCGAAGCCCGAGCUGAAACUGGAAAUUCGAAAUCCGGAGCCGCCGAAGCGAGCGAACGUGCAGCCGCUCAAUCCGCGCGACCUGGAAACCAGAACUUCGCAGACGGACAAGAGCCAGGGAGCCACCACACCGAAGACGAUCAGCACUGCCAUAAGCACCAGGCACCCGGCCGAAGACACCACUCUCGACUUCUCCUACGACAACAUGGGCAUGAACGUAACACCUCCCGAGCAGCCAGCGACUAGUCACAAAUUC